GAACGUGUAACGAUUAUUACACUCUGGAGGGAGUCAUCGAAGGCGACGCUCCUUGGACCUGAGUAGGAUGUUCACAUGGUUCAAGAAGGUAGCGGCGCCCACCAACUACAGCUUCGACGGACUGAAGAGUGUGCACAUGCAGCUGCUGCGGCACCGCGACCUGAGCGAGUCCUCCCUCGUGGAACUGCUGCGCGUGUCGAGCGAAUUCCUCAUCUACAGCGACCAGCAUUCGGCGCAGCAGUUCUUCUUCGAGUACUUUUGUGAGAAGAACAUGCUGGCGCUGUUCGUCCAAAUCGGCGAAGCCGCGCCGCCUCAUCGCGUCCAAGUGCAGCUGCUGCAAACCCUGAGUCUCCUCGUGCAGAACAUCACGACCGCCACGUCGCUGUAUUACAUUCUGUCGAACAACUACAUCAAUCGGCUCAUGACGUGCCGCCACUUCCAGCUCGACCAAGAAGACGUCAGGGACUGGUACGUGACCUUCCUCAAAGCCCUGAGUAUCCGACUGAACGUCGACACGGUUCAAUUCUUCUUCAACGCGGCCACGCGGACGUUCCCGCUGUACCUCGAAGCGCUCAAGUUCCGCACAUGUCCCGAGAUCCAGGUCCAGAUCGCCGUCAAGACGGUGCUGCUCAACGUUCUGCGCGUCCCGGACGACCGCAUGCGGCGCUUCCUCACGCACCGCCAGAACAUGCCGUACUUCAUGGAGCUGGUCGACCAGGGUCAGGUGCUCGCACUCAAGAUGCAGGGUCUACUCAACACGACUCAACAGCAGACGUUUCCAGCGAACGAGCACAAGCUGCAUUACGUGGUAGACGCGACGAUCGACCACUGGUACUACCUGCAGGACAUCCUGGACGUGCCGCUCCCGGACCUGAGCUUCCAGCUGGGCGAGUGGGUGUUCGAGUCGUACCUCAAGGGGUUCGUCGCCCGCAGUCUCGUGCCCAACUGCCACCCGAACGGCCAGCGCAUCUCGACUCUAUUGGCGCUGUUCUUACUCGUGCAGGUCUUCCAGUGCAUGUCGCACUCGCCGCUGCUCAACGCCGCCACCUUCAUGCUCUGCCAUCCCGAUGCGCACGAAUCGACGUACAUGUCGGCCGCCCUGGGCACCGGCGGGCGCCAAUCGUCCCGCUCGCACGAGUCCUCCCUGGGCCAAGUCAGUCCCCGUCAAGUGCCGCCGCCGACAUGCUCCAUUCCGCAACCAUCCCAUUCUGCCGAGAGCCCCCUGUCCCCGCGCUUCGUCCUGCCCAAGCUUCCCGUAGCCACGUUCAAGCCCCACCCCCCCCCGCCAGCCAAUCACGACACGACCCCGAGCUCUGCGACACCGUGCUCUGCGACGUGUUACCUCGAGACCCGGUUCCCCACGGGCGAAUGGCCUCCAAGUGACGUGCUGCGCCUGCCGUUGGUUGAUUCGGGCAACGUCCACCGGCAGUCGCUUCUGGCGCUGCUCCAGUCGAGUGACUCGCGCCUCUGCCUCGGGGCCACGGCCGUGCUGCAUGCCAUGGCGUCCAACAAGAACGUGGACAGGGCGUUGCUGCAGGACUGCCGCCUCAAACCAGCUCAUAACGUCGUCGCAUGUCCACCACGUCCCACAGCGCCGUCGGAAGAAGAUGACUCGUCAGAUGAAGACGAGAGUGUAGACUUGCUGGAGCCUGCGUACGAUGUCGAGUGCGUGGAUGCCAUGCUUAUGCAGCUGGAAUCCCGGCCGCGGUCGCUUGUGCAUGUUAUAGCGACGCUGCAACUCUUGGAAGAGCUGACGGGAGCGAGAUGGGCGCAGAAGUCGCCCCUGUCGCACACGCAUGAGACCCGAUUGCACACCCUGCGUCGAACAUGGGCGUUGUCGCUACUUCCCUCCUCUUCGAGUGAAACGCACGGACACCACUUGGCAUUGUGGGAUAAACUGCUUGACAAGUGCCGGACAGCGCCGCCUUCGUCCCCUGUAGCUGUCGAGUGGUCGCAUCUCUCACCCUUCCACGCCGAGGACGAAGGCGAAAACGACGUCGUGGAGAAAUACCUAAGUUUGCAUGUAUUUAUGUCGACCACGCACCUCCUACCUGCUUGGAGACCGCUUGCCGACGCGGCUCUGGAAGACCAGCAGCAUGAAACGGCUGCAUUGAAGCAGGCGUUCCAGAGCCACACCGCCGUGGGCAUGGACGAGAUCAGUUUCCUGCCGUGUCACCUCGUGACGAACCCCGAUGACUUUCUCUUUUGCCUCCUCAACGUCGACGCGUUCGUCCUCGUCCGACCCGGUCGGGACAUGACUCGUGGGGACGUGCAGCGCCUGGUCCCGCUGCACCUCACGACAGCGUACGCAGACACCCGCGAACCGAGCAUCGUGCAUGUGUCCAUAUCCCCCAGCACCACGGAGAGCCUUCUCUUCCAGAGUCCCGAGAUGGCGCAGCAAGCGCUGCUGCACUUCACCACCAUGAAAACCGCACAAGAAGCUCGAAAAUGGCGCGCGAUUGAAACCCUGCUGAAUGGAUAAUAUAUUAUUUAUGGCAGGUUUUGCUUCAACUAG